AUGACGAAGGAUACGAAAAUUCUGAAUCUCCUCGGAAAUAUAAGAAAUUUUGGUAUCAAUAAUAACAUAAGUACCAUUGUGCAACAAAGUACAAGCGCACCCAAAGAAAAGACUAUUUUACAGUAUGAAAAAGAAAAUGAUCCAACUAUGGCAGUGCAAAAAGAAAAACAAUAUUUUUCAUUGCAAGAUGUCCCAAUAUAUAUUUCAGGAUACAAUGUAGUACCCGAAAAUGUAGAAGACUUUAAUAUAAAAGACAGUAUGAAACAACUUGAACAAAAUAUGCAACAAGUACUGCGUAUGCAAGCUAUAUCGCAAAUAAAAUUACAAGAAAUAUGUCAACGUCUAGAUAAACUUGAAAAUGCUAUCAAAAAUCGUGCGUUAAACCUUCCUCAACAAAACGAUGCGCUUAUUGCACAAUUUUUACCUCUCGCUAGUAUAGAUACAAUAAAAGAAUUUGAGUCGUUACUAAAAACAACAGAAGAGGCAGUUAUGCAAUUUUACGUUUAUAUAUUUCGUUACCAAUAUUAA